AUGUACCAGCCCAGCGAUAGGAGAACCUUCGACCACGCCCCCGCGUGGGCGAAGGUUCCUCAGUUGGUGGGUUGCUGGUUCCGCGUGUCCCCUCUAUCUCUCCUUAACUCCUGCCUGCCUGUAUUUCCCUGUGUCAAGCAGCUGACAUCCCAAACAGGAAGGUCCAAUACGCCAACCUUUAGAAUUGUAUCUGGAGGGAGUCUCUAGACUCUAAAGGCGGACUUUUGGAAUAUGGAGGUCCCACUUGAGACUCGAUUCUUGGGUUUUCUUUCCGAGCAGUCCAGUGCCACAUAAGCAGGUGAGUCGUGGACGUGCUGUUCGGAAGUCUAGCUAAACGCUACUUCCCAUCCGCUGUGGACAUAUUUCUUCUGUCUCUGGAGCUAAACACAGUUGGCGUCGCCAUGGCGUCCUCUGGAAGAGAGGUGGAUUAAAUCAUACAGCCCUUCGCGCCUAUUUUUGUAUGGAAGCCGAAAGUGCCUCUUUCUCGCCAGGAUCGACUACGGUUUGUGAAGCACCCCUGAUCAAGGUGCCGACCAUCUCCGGACGCUUUCAUUAACGAGGAGACGCAUCACGUGGAUCCGCGGUCGCUCAAUGUCCCAGGGCCCAUUCCACGUGUAGAAGUUGCGAUCCUGCUCGUACCUUCUCGACGCUGUCCCUUUAUGAACGGCCGCUCACCGUCCAAUACGGCUCAGGAUUGA